AUGCGGAGAUUUUUCAUUCGGUCCUUCGCCAGAGCUACACCCAAAAAAGGUGCUCGUACAAUCAAGAGCAGCAUUGUGCCAUUUCCCGUAACCGUUACGGUUGGCGCAAUUGGUGCUUCUAUUGUGGCAUAUUACAUGCUAGAUGCCAAAGCGGGUAUCCACGAGUAUGUGUUCUGUCCGUUAAUCAGAGCGUUCACAGACGCAGAAAAUGGCCACAAACUAGGCAUAAAGCUCAUGAGUCUUGGCAUUUCUCCCAAGUUGAGAAGAGAGUCCGAAGAAAGGGAGAGGGAGUUUGAUGCACUUUUGGGCGUUGACGUUUUUGGCACGCAUUUGAAAUCCCCCAUUGGUCUUGCCGCUGGUUUGGACAAGGAAGGUAUAGCUAUUGACUCUCUUUUCGAUACCGGCUUCUCAUAUGUGGAAAUUGGUUCUGUAACGCCAGAACCUCAGCCUGGUAACCCCCAACCACGUUUCUUCAGAUUGCCUAGAGACGACGCCGUGAUCAAUAGGUAUGGAUUCAACUCGCUGGGCCAUUUGAGUGUUUUGCUCAAUUUGAAAGCAAGAUUCCAGGAGUGGAUGAGCCACGAGAACAAUGCGAAGAGACCAGGCAGACUCUUGGCUGUGAAUUUGGGUAAGAACAAAAACGGUGAUGAAGUACAAGAUUACGUGACUGGUGUGCGCAGAUUUGCCCAUUACGCUGAUGUUUUGGUUGUUAAUGUCUCAUCUCCCAAUACACCUGGCUUGAGGGAUCUUCAAAGUGAACUGAAACUCACGGAUCUCUUGAAGGCGGUUGUCAAGGAAAGAAAUGCACAAGGAAAAAAUUCUUGCGGCAAGCAACCUCCGGUGCUCGUCAAAGUUGCACCUGACUUAACAGAGCCCGAAAUUGAGUCGAUUGCCAAUUCGGCAAAACAGUCUAAAGUCGAUGGAAUCAUCAUUUCUAACACUACUAUUCAAAGACCAAGCAAUCUUUUGACUACUGACAUCAGCCUUAUUAAUCAGGCCGGUGGCUUAUCAGGUAAACCAUUGAAGCCCUUGUCUCUUCAGGCAUUGAGAACACUCAGAAAACAUACGAAGGAUAGUAAUUUGGUGUUGGUGGGUUGUGGCGGAAUUUCAUCUGGAAAGGACGCUCUCGAGUUUGGUAAGGCUGGAGCCUCAUUUAUCGAGUUAUAUACUGCUUUCGCCUACAAAGGUCCGGGUUUGCCAGCCAAAAUUAGAGAUGAGUUAACAGCUUUGUUGAGGAAGGAAGGCAAAACCUGGCAACAAAUCAUUGGCGAGGACGAUAAAUAA